UGGGUAUAACCCUGUUCGGAUCGGGUUUUUCCGCCGUAAUUAGUGGAUUCCCGUCUUUUUCGAACAGUCGAUCACUUUUGAGUGUUUUUUUCUAAAAUAGCGAUUUCUUUCCCUAGCAAUAGACGACGACGACCCUUACGAAUCCCCCUCCCUUUCUCCGAAUUCCCUCAAUUAAUUGACAUAUUCACGUCUCUUUUUUUCUCUUCAUCCGUCUCGAGAGUUACCUCCCUCUUUCUCUCCCUCCGAAUACCCGAUUCACCAUGUCGUCCACCCUAGCACGCCCAAUGCUUCGGCAAUCAGGAGCGUGGAGUCGCAUGGCCGCCCGAAGAUUUGAGUCGACAAACACCUCCAAGGCGACCGAGACCGCUAAGGAUACCGCCGCGAAGGCCUCCAAGGCUGCAUCAGAAUACUCAGCGAAGGCCGCACAGGGUCUUUCGAGGGUUGCUUCGUCCGCUGGUCCGGCUAUCGCAGGUGCCGCUAAGGGUCUCACAAAUUCUUUGAGCAAAGCCGGUGGUCGUACUGGGAAAUUAGUCGCCUAUAUUGAGAAACAAGUUCCCACGGUAGUCUACUACUCCAAGGUCGGCUCCGAAGUUGCCAAGAUCGUAUUUAAAGGCCAGAGCAUGUCGCCGCCGUCCGCCGCUACUUUCCAGAGCUACUGGCAAAACGCAUGGAAGUCCGUACAGAACCCCCAAGCGCUACUUCAGAUAGCCUCCAAGGCCGCACAGCAACCUGCCUCCCUCCUCCAGCAAGCGAGGAAUGUUAGCCGAGCCCAGCUUGCUGCCGGUGGUGUCAUAGUUGCGGAAUGCCUUGGUUUCUUCACCGUUGGCGAAAUGGUUGGCCGCUUCAAGCUAAUUGGAUACCACGGUGGUUCCCACUCUCACCAUUAAGCUCCAAUUCUUCUCGAGAGAAAAGGAAAUUUAAAAAGAUACCUUUGUAUUACGCAUGAAAUGGGGGCGGAACGUUAUAGACAGGCGGAUAUUGUUUUUGCAUUCGAGGAAAGCAUAGUGGGUAAUACGAAAGGGACGAAAAGUCCGAGCUCGGACUCUCUUUACUAGACACACCAAAACGACGGUAGCCUCCGGCCCAGCCCCUAUCCCCUAUAAUUGGCUACGGGCUACGGCAAACGUGGAAUGAAAAAAGUGCAGAGAAAGAGGUGAUCGGAGCGAGGGAUAAGUUGUCCUCACCUUGUAUAUUCACUCUCAACCCCAUUCGAGCGAGCAACUUCAUGCCGUCGACUCUUUUUUUU